AUGUAUUUAAGUGAAGUUUCAUCAAACCAACAACUUGAUUUUAAUCAGUUCUGUUAUUCAGGAGUGAUUGCUGAUGAAGGAGAGGUGGAAGUUGGUGAGAAAAGAUCUGUCACUUUUAACUCUGGUCUUACUGAAAUGAUGGAUGAUAGUGUGAUUCAGUGGAGGUCUGGGAGUGAAAACACUUUAAUAGCUGAAAUCAACAAGCGGGCCGACAGCAUGACUGUAUAUGAUGAUGUUCUUGAUGGGAGAUUCAGAGACAGACUGCAGCUGGACAGUCAAACUGGAUCUCUGACCAUCACAAACAUAACAAUAAAACACGCUGGAUGUUAUGAACUGCAGAUCAACGGUGUGAUCAAGACCUUUAAUCUUACUGUCAUCACUCGUCUGCCGGUUCCUGUCAUCAGCAACUCUUCAAACUGUUCUUCAUCAUCAUCAUCAUAUUGUUCAUUGUUGUGUUCAGUGGUGAAUGUGGGUCAUGUGACUCUCUCCUGGUACAAAGGAAACAGUUUAUUGUCCAGCAUCAGUGUGUCUGAUCUCAGCAUCAGUCUCUCUCUACCUCUGGAGGUGGAAUAUCAGGAUAAAAACAGCUACAGCUGUGUGCUCAACAAUCCCAGCAGCAAGCAGACUCAACAUCUGGACAUCAGUCAACUCUGUCACACAUGUUCAGAGUACUCUGAACACUGUUGUGGUUCUACUGAAGCUGUGAUCCGAUUGGUCCUCUCUGCUCUGGUGGGCGUGGCUACUGUCGUUAUUCUGGUUUAUGACAUCAGAUCCAGAAGAGCUGAACAGGAUCCAGCACAGAUUCACUCAUCAGGUGGCUCAUUUCUUCCCUAGAAGAUUAUUUGACAACAAACCAUGACAAAUUCUCACACAAAUGCUCAAAAUGUGAGUGUUUGUCAUGAAAAAUGCUUGAUUACCAAAUAUUGCUUUGCUAAUGCUUGAUUAUGUAAUAUAACAUGCUUUUAUUUUAAUGAUUUUUUUAAUUAUCUAAUCUUCUCAUCCAGUUUGAAAGGCUUUCUAUAAGGAUUUAUAUUUUCU